AUGGGAACUGAUGCUUCCCUGCCGGAGCGCGCUUGUUCAAUGUUAAGAUCUUUGACAAUUCUUCCUGCGGAGAGUUCAGAUCUGAUAGCAAUGCUGCGCUUGAAGUCUCACUAUUUAUACUUCGCAAAGGCGGCCCCUUGUUCUGAGCGUGGAUUUUGCGUUGGUGUCACGAUUCAGUUAAACACUGGGGAGCUGGACCUACUCCGCCGGGGCGUGGCCAAGAGGAAACUGACAAGUGCGCGGCUGCGGGAGUCAGUCGGGUAUCCGGACUGGGCAUUUAGACCCCACAACCUCGCACCGCGUCAGGUCUCUAUCGAUGCACUCGGAAGCUCGGCUGAGGCUGCCUGGCGCUGGAACCAGGAAGGCGGUGAGCUUAAACUGAACCAAGUUCGGAGGAUCGCAGCGGCGCCCAGAUUUGAAGGAAGGUUUUUUGGUCUGUGGCGCUUGCAAGUCAACAGGAGGCGUGAAGCCAAAGGCCGGGACCCAGAAAUGGGACGCCGGUCUUCAGAUACUGAAGAAGAAAGCAGAAGCAAGAGAAAAAAGAAACACCGUAGACGGUCAUCUUCAAGUAGUUCUUCAGAUAGUAGAACAUACAGCCGAAAGAAAGGUGGAAGGAAAUCAAGGUCAAAGUCAAGAUCUUGGUCCAGAGAUCUUCAGCCUCGUUCUCAUUCAUAUGAUAGAAGACGCAGGCAUCGAUCAAGCAGUAGCUCUUCUUAUGGCUCUAGAAGAAAACGAAGUCGAAGUCGUUCAAGGGGUCGAGGGAAAUCCUAUAGAGUUCAGAGAUCUAGGUCAAAAAGCAGAACAAGAAGGGAAUCUGGAAACAUCAAAGCUGGAUUAGAACAUCUGCCACCAGCUGAACAAGCCAAAGCCAGACUGCAGCUGGUUCUUGAAGCUGCUGACCAAGCCACCCUGGUCGAACAAGUAAAAAGAGUAAAAGAAAUUGAAGCCAUUGAAAGUGAUUCUUUUGUUCAGCAGACAUUCAGAUCAAGUAAAGAAGUCAAAAAGUCCGUGGAACCUGGUGAGGUGAAGCACACAGCUGUGACAUCAGGACCAGCACCAGGAGCUGCUGACCCACCCAGUAGUGAGAAAGAAAUAGAUCCCAGCAGCAUCCCAACGGCCAUCAAGUACCAAGAUGACAAUUCUCUGGCCCAUCCAAAUUUAUUUAUUGAGAAAGCUGAUGCUGAGGAAAAAUGGUUCAAGAGAUUAAUUGCCCUCCGACAAGAAAGGCUAAUGGGUAGUCCUGUGGCCUGAAUAAUAUACAUAUGGUUGAAUUAACAGUAACAUUGGAAAUUUAGGUUUUUAAAUCCCAAUAUUAACUUUUUACUCUUAAAAAGCAGUUAGCUGAUAAUGUAAAAAGGUACUAUUUCAUUCAUUUCUCGUGUAGGCUUGAAUAUUUGCUGAUUUGAACUUAGCCAAACAUUGUGAAUAUUAAAACUAGUGUAAAAUUUAACAAUGCAUGAAAAUGUCAUACUGUUAAU